CUUCUUUACGUGUUGCAGAUAUUCAUUGUGAACGUCACAUAUCUUAUUCUAUCCCCGGCUGUAAAUAACAGCUGAUAAUUUAUUGCUUUUCUAAAUAAUUGCAUCGCACAACUCGAAUCACAGAAAAUACAGAGCUACCAUGACGGAUGAGGCACAAAUUCCAGAACAGAUAUUAAAUAAUAAAAAUAAACACAGUGUACGAUGUAAUUAUUGCUAUUCAUUGAUACUGAAACCACAACUCGGAGAGUAUGUUGAGCAUGAGUUUGAAAUGCCGCUGAUGCAGCAAAAACAUCGGAAGAACACCGAAAUUAUAGAAACAGAGGUACUCAAAAACUUCUGGUGUAUUGAUGACAUAUUCACCUUCGAGAAUAUUGGUUUCUCCAAUACUGUGGAUAACCGUAAAUUCUUGAUAUGCGCUGACUGUGAGAUGGGACCAGUGGGUUAUCACGAAAUAGCAAAUAAAAAAUGUUAUGUAGCAUUGAAACGUGUUAGACAUGGUAGUGAACCAGACGCUGUAAUGGAGCCAGUAACCGAUGAGGAAGAGAAUGAUGUAUAGAAAAACGAAUGUGCAUAUGUACGUACGUACGUAUGUUUAUAGAUGUAAAAUAAAUAAUUGCCAUUUGGGGAGCAAUACGAAAACAGCGUACGUAAAAAAACAUACCUGUGCUCCUUCCAUUGACUUUAUUCCAUAUUUUUAUGUAGCAUUUUGUUUAAAUAGCAAAAACGUAAAAAAAACAAUUAUGUAUAAAAUGAGAAAUGAAUAAUUUCGUAUGUACAUUAAAAAUAAUAAGUAUUUAUAUAAUUUUGUAUGUACUAAUUAAAUUUUACGUAUGAAUUUAUAAAAAUAAAAAAGGGAAACUAAUAUAAA